AUGGGAGAUUUGCGUCAAACAGCAACAUCCCUGAUCAAACUCUCCAAUUAUCAACUUGAUACUGUAAUCAAUGGUCUACUCCACGUGAAUACAUCAUUGGAGAAGAAUUAUCAAAAUGUAAUGUCUUCACCUGAAACUCUAGCCUUGUCUGUUGGUGGUGGUAAUCUUACACCAGGUGCUUCAGGUGAUUCUUCAACAAAUCCAUCAAUAAUUAAUCAAACAACAGGUACAUUUGGAUCAUCCUCAUCAUUGGGAAGUAAUGGUGGAAACACUACGAAUAAUAAUAAUACUACUACAACAACAACAGGAGGUUCUUUCCUCAUUCCUAAUAGUGGACCAACAACCCAAAGUAGAUUAAACCUCUUCGAUGGUAUUAAAAACAUUGCACAAGGUGCCAAUCCAAAUAAUAACAAUAAUAAUAACACAGGAAGUGGAGUUGGUUCACAAAUUCCACCUGAAACUCUUCAUGCUAUUGAAGAGGAAGUUUCUGAACGUUUCAUUCGUUCAAAAAUCAUCAUUUUCCAACUCUUUUUGAAAACCCUAAGUGCUGCAAUCAAGUAUGAUCGUUUAGAUUUACGAUUUGAUGAUGAUCACUUGUUAAUGAUUGAAGCUGAUUCUUCCAAUGUUGAUGCAGGUACUGGAGGUCUAGAUGCUACUACUACUGCCUCUGAUUAUAGUGAACCAAGUUCUGAUCAAUCUGGUGAACCAACUGUUGAUGAUUCUGGUUCAACAUCAGAUGAAGAAUUGGCACCUCCAGCUGGAUUUAAUGAAAGUGAAAUUACAAAAUUAGGCAAUGAUUACUCUGAAACACUUUUAACACAAAUUAUUGAUACAUUGUUCAAUAUUAGGUCAUUAAGUACAAGUGGUGGUAAUGUAAAUACUGCCAACAAUAAUUCAACUGAUGAAUCGACAAGGACGAAGGGACCACAUCAAUAUCUUAAACAUUUGGCUGCUCGUGUCUUGUUCAAAUUGUCUGUUGUUAAUUUUGAAGUUGUUUUUGUUAGAGUUGAAGACUUUUUCAAAAAGAUGAAAUCAGACGAAGUUGAUGAUAGAAUUUAUCAAAUGAUUGAAUAUAUUAAUUUUGACAAUGCUAAAUUAACUAGAUUAAUUUCAUUAUUGAAUGAAGUUCAAGCAAAAUUGAAGGCAAAAGCUUUUGUUGCUCUUGCAGGUCCAUUGAGACAAGCAGUUUGGAAUUGGAUUACUAACUAUCCUCAUCAAUUCAUUAGAAAUUGUAAAAACAAAACUGAAUUACCAGGAGGUCCACAAAAACUUUUCAAUGUUAUUGCAGAGAGAAAAUUGAAGAAACAAGCUCCAUUCAUUUGGCCACUCCAAACAAUGAUUCUUCUCUUGUGUCCUGAAGUUUUUGCCAAUACAAUUAUGGCUGUUAAACAAGGUGAUAAACCAAAGCCAUCUGAAAAGAAGGAGUACAAAUUCUUGGAAAAUAUUCUCAAAGCUCUCAAGGAAAAGAAUACUAAGCGUGAUGUAAAUUCUGAUACUGCAGUUGUUUGUUUUGUAGAUUUUUACAAGGCCAGUACCUAUUUGAAGAGUCGUGAUUUGACAGCUUUCCGUUUCCUAAACAGUGAAGUUCAAAAUGCAUUACAUGAACGUUUAAUGAAUGUUGAUAAUCCAGUUCGUAAAAAUGGUACAGAUGACGUUGAUGUGAAAUUAAUGGUUGACUUUUUCGUUUCUGCUUAUAGAAUCAAUCAAAGACACGUAACCAGUUACAUUUUCCCACACUGUUUCAAAACCAAGAAUACAGUUUUUAAAUUGGCUCUUGCUAAAGCCAUGUUAAAACUUGCUAGAAAGAAUUCUACAUCCCUCAAGUGGCAUCCAACUCUUGCUCACAGUUACAAACAUAUUGCAAAAUUUGUUCGUAACAUGUUCCAAGAAUUACUCCAACAAGAAAGUCUCUUGUACAAUAAGCGUGGCCAAUCAGUUGCCCAACCAAGUGGUUCAAGUUCUGGAUCUACUACCCCUCCUUCCACUGAGACUUUAUUAGCUUGUUUGGCUGUCUUCUUUGCUGAACCUAGACUUGUAUUGGAAAAUACUAGUGACAAUAUUUCUGGCCACAUUAACGAAAUUUUGUACUUCUUUGUUGGUUUGGUCAAUUGUUUAGAAGGCGUAUCAAAUUAUCAAGUUCAAGCUCAAGCUUACAAAUUACUUCAAAAAUUGUUCCAACCUCACUAUAUUAUGCAAUGGUGUCCUCAAGAUAUUGCUACAGGUUUCAUUGAUUUGAGUUCUUCUGUUAUUUCUAGAUUAUGUUUCAUCUUAUUCCAAGAUAAGGAAUCUCAGGGACAAAAUGUUACAACCAUUUUAGAACUAGUCAAGGAUGUUUGUACUGCAUCAAACAAAUUCUUGAGUUUACACAAAGAUAAGAUUACCGACCAAAACUUAGCCAGUAGAAAGCGUACACAAAUGUGGGAAUCAGCUGAAUCAACCUUGUUGGUUCUUUUAUGUUCCACUGAUCCAGAUAUUUGGACAACUGCUGCUGGUGUCUUUGGAGAUUUGUGUGACAUGAUUGAUAUUUUGGAAAAUAAGGAAACUCACAAUGGUAUUGCUCAAAAUUAUCAACUCUAUCGUAAGAUUUCUAAAUUGGAUGAACUAGGUAAAACCAGAAAUCACCAACAAAAAUCAAUUCGUCGUCUCUUGCGUCGUGUUGAAUUGCAAACAAAGGCCAACUUGGCUGCUUUCAUUGAAAUGUACUCUCGUUGGAAGGACUUUACCAAAACUCUCGAGGAAGGUUCAAUUAGAAAUAAGGAACUCAUUGAUGAUGCCAGAUUAGUUGAACAUACUCGUUUGAAGAACUUGUGGAAGAACUAUACAGCAUUCUUAUGUUCUAUGGGUGGUGUUUGCUUACAAUCAAGUGAAACUUUAUUGAAUCCAUCCAACAAUCCAGUUCCAAUCAAGGAUCAAGGUUCAGAUGACAGUACUAAUGAUGGUAGUUUAUCUGCUAGAGGAGUUCGUGGUGGUACCACUCUCAAGAAGGAAAAGAAGGACUUUUCCAUGAAGGAUGAUUUGAUUAGAAAUUUGAUGAGAUUGGUUGUGAGUGAUGUUCCACUCAUUCGUGACAAUGUUGCUCAAACUAUUGGUACAGAGUUGGCUCCUUCACUAUAUGGUGUCUUGUUCCAAUCUUUGCACAGUUAUGUUUCUGGAUGUUUUGAAGAAGGUGCUUCCAUUGUUCGUGUUUCUUCCUCUUCUACUUUAUUCGUAGAAAAGGCCAUUCACAUUGUUCGUUCUGUCCUUGAACAAGCCCAAGAAAAUUCUGAAGAUUUAGCCAUGGCCAAGUUUGAAACUCUCAUUUUGAGCUUUAUUCGUUAUUGUUCCCAAUUGGUUUUGAAUAAGGAUUAUAACGUUAUCAAGUGUAAAUUAUGUAUCUUGAUUGAUAUCAUGAUGAAGCGUAAGGAAUAUAUCACCUUUAACAAUGAAAUUAUGUUCAGAUUUGAAGCUUUGAGACACAUUACUGAAUGGACUAGUGAAUUCGUCAACAAGACAGCUGCCAGUAGUACAACAUCAGUUGUUGAACUUGAUUUCCCUAACUUGGAUGCUUUGUGUAUGAAGGCAAUUUCUGCUGUUCUCAAGGAUUUGAACUUUACCAAAGUUCGUGAUAAACAAUCGGCUGGAAAUGGUGAAAAGAAUGAUGAUAUGAACAAGCGUGAAUUCAUCAAGCACUUCUCAUUCCUCUCAAGAUACUUGACAAGAUCCAAGGUUGAUAAGGAUGCUCAUCCACAAUUGCGUGAAUAUACCAUCUUGUCUUUGGGUAAUUUGCUCGAGUCUAAUAUUAACUACGGUCUCGAACAAUUCAUGAAGAUGACCUAUAUUGAAGAUCAAGAAACUCGUUCUGCCUUCUUGAGUGUAUUAACUCGUGUCAUGAAACAAGGUAUUCAAUUGGAAGAAGAGCAAAAUACUGAAAGUGUAAAGAAGUACGACAAGCUUCUCAAUCUCUUAAUUCAAGAUCCAAACUUGGAUUUGGUCUUCUUGAUGGUAUCAAGUGUUUCUGUAAAUGAAAUGGAUGACUUGUGUAAGGCACUCAUCAGAUUAUUUGCUGAAAGAGGUAAAGCUUUGGAAUUAUUGAAGAGAUCUAUUGAUAAGGAGGUUGAUGCAACAUCUUCUUCCUCUACUCUUUUCAGAGCAAACAGUUCUGCUUCGAAGAUGUUGACAGCUUAUUGUAACUCUGUUGGAUUCAAGUAUAUUGUUGAUACAUUGUCUGAACUUGUAAAAAAGGUUGUUUCUGAUCCUGGUAAUUUCGAAGUAGAUGAAACCAAGUUGAAACCAAAUGAAGCUGUUGAAAAGAAUGCUACAUUAUUAGCUGCCACUGCUCAAGCUUUCCUUGAACAUGUCUUUACUUCUGUUGAUGAGCUCCCACUUCAAAUUCGUUAUCUUUGUAAUUAUUUGGCAGAAUCUGUUAAUAACAAAUUCCCACCAGUUUAUGAUGACGAAGAAAGACACUCUACCAAACACGUUGUUGUUGGUGGUUUGUUGUUCUUGCGUUUGUUGAAUCCAGCUAUUGUUUCUCCAAAGACUUCUGGUCUCGUAGAUCAAUCACCAACUGCUGAAGCUUCCAGAUGUUUAUUGUUGAUUUCCAAAUUGUUGCAAAACGUUGCCAAUGGUAUCAAAUUUGAAAGAAAACAAAGUGCCUCUGAUGCCAAGAGUUUUAAUAAGGAAGCUUUCAUGGUCAAGAUGGAUCCAUUCGUUGCCAAGAACUUUGAUAGAGCUCGUCAAUUCUUUGACUCUGUUUCUUCCAAGUGCCCUGAUGAUUUCAAAGAAGCUGAAUUUAUUAUGGAAGAUGAAGUUCGUGAAGAAAACUUCUUGUGUGUUCACAGAUUCCUCUUCAAUAACAUGGAAAAGAUGCAACAAAGAUUGGUACAACUCCAACGUUCAGGUCAACAAUCUACUCAAAAGAUGGAUACCAGAAAGACUAUUGACGAUAGUGAUCUUUCAAUCAUUUCUCCAGUUACUGACCCAAAGAAAUUGGCAGAAUCUAUUGAACGUAUGCAAGUUAUAAUGACAGAGUUGGGUAAACCUCCAGAAAAGGAAGUCAAGAAGACAACUAUGGCCUCAGCUUCUGAAGAAUAUAGCACUCCUCAUCUCAUUCAACUCAUUAGUGACAAUAAGGAUAAGGAUUUGAGCGUAAUUGAAGAACGUAAGAUCUUCUACAGAUCUGGUGCAAGCAAGGAAGCAAGACCAGUCUUUUACUUUAUCACUCAAAACUUGGGAUCUCACUUUGCUGAAAGUACAGGAGAUAAGGAAGAUGACAAGGUCAUGUACCAUAUCUUUAAGACUUUGAUGAAUUUCUGGACUAAACCAUACGAAGUUGUUGUUGAUGUUACUGGUUUACGUGAAGAAACAGGUCUUCAAGCUGGCCACAUUGUUAACUUCUUCAAGACUUUACCAACUGGUGCUCGUAAGAAUUGCGCCAGAACCAUCAUCUUUAAUCCAAAUUCCUAUCUCAAGACUCACCUCUCUCAAAAGUUCUCCUAUGUUAAGAGAAAGGCUAUCAAGAAGAAGGUUUCUUUCUGUAUCUCUGUUCGUGAAUUGGAAGAAUAUAUUGAAAGAAAGAAUAUCGACCUUCCACAAUCAACUCUUGAUUAUGAACGUGAUGUUGAAUCAACAUUCAGCUCUGCUUUCAUUCUUUCACAACGUGGUGAAAAGAAGGAUGCUGUCGUUAAGGUUUCAAAGAAGUAUUUGUGUGUUAUUACCUCAGAUAAUAUUCUCAACCACGAUACCAAGAGAAUUGACUUUAUUGAAUUACUUUCAAUUUCACAUGCCACCAUUUCAACAAAUGCUGGUAACACUGAACAUGUCUCUGUUGAAUAUGGUAGUAAUAACAAGUUGAUGAUCAAGGCCGAAAAGAAUGACUUGCUUUUGAUGAAUAUUAGAAAUUCCAUUUUCAGACAAAAGAGUGAAGCCACUCUCGACGACAGAGUUGGUAGAGAACGUGCUGAAGGUAUUCGUCAACAAGAUAUUCCAGGUUCUUUACUUAACAUGUGUUUCCUCAACUUGGAAUCUAAAUUCCCAAGAACUAGAUCCGAAGCUUACAAUUUAUUGGCUGCUCUUGCUGAACAAUUUGAAUUCCCAGUUACCUUAUUAGAAACUGAUAUUAUUUGUGUUCCUCACAAUACUGGUGACUUGGUUGUUGCAUUAUCUGAACAAGUCAGCAAGGCUAAACCUUUGUUGACCACUCAAUUCCUUCGUGAAGCAUUGCGUGGUUUCAACAAGGUCAGUUUGCCAUACAAGUACUUGGUAUUGAAGUACAUGAAGCCAUGGAUUAAGAAUUUGUCCAUGAUUUAUGCUCAAGCUAAUGAUUCCAAACAACAACCAGUUCAACAAAUGAACUCUGAAAUGAAGGGAGCAAAUUAUGAAAUGUCUAUCAUUGGUGGAAGUAUGAUGAGUAACUUUGAAGCUCAAGUUCAAAUUGAUAGAACCACUGAGUGGUUCCCUGAUUUGGUCAAGUCCACCAUUGACUUCCAAGAUAUUUAUCCUGCUGUUUUGAGUGAAAUUUGGGGAGAACUUUCAAAGGAUGGUGCUCUUGUUGAUAUUGCCAUGAGAUGUAUUAUUAGUGCUGCUCACGAAGCAGGACCAAAGAUGUCCAAGAAGGUUGAUAUUUUGAAUGAUUUGGUUGUUACAUUGGCUUCAGGUGGUCAUGCUCCUGCUGUUGUCAAGAUGAUUGUUGAUCAAUUGUUGGAUGUUAUGGAUAAUGAAAUUCACGAAGUUGUUGAACCUCUUGAAGAACAUCCAGGUUGGGCUAAGGUUAUUAUCUAUAGCAGAUUCUUGCUCAUGUUAAGUUUCCAAAACAGAAUCUCCGUUUUGGACAACUUCCCAACUCUCUUCUACAUUAUUUCAAUGAUGAUUGGAAGAGGAUCAAUGUUCUUACGUGCUACUAUUCGUGGCUUUGCUAUCAAUGUUGUUCACUCACUCUCCACUAGUUUGGACUUUACGAAUGAACACAAGAAGAUUAUGCAACAACAUUUGAAUACCCUAGUCUCUGACAAAUUCCAAUUCAUGUUUAUGGGUACUGAUGGAGCUCGUGAUAUGGAUCCAUUUGUUUCUUUUGAAAAUGAUGGUACAACACCUGCCAAGAAGGAAAAGCCAUUCAAGAUUUCACCAAUUAACAUGUGGGAUUUGGAAACUCUUGCUCACUACUUUUAUGAAGUUACCAAGACUUGUUAUUUGGUCGACCCAGAAAUUCAAAAACGUUGGCAUAAGGAACUCACUCAAAUGUGUCACUCCAAGGCCUUGAAGACUAAUCCAGUCUUCCUUCCAAGACUUUUGGCUAUGUAUGGUGUACUCAUCAAACCAGGCGAAGAAACACAAGAAACUCUUCCAUUUGUUGUUGAACGUCUCAUUGAUAGUUUCUCUGCAAACAAUGAACAUACUGCUGCUUUCCGUACUGACUAUAAGAUUGCCACCUUGUUGUGCUUGGGUCAGUACAGUUACAAACUCUCACCUGAUGAACCAAUUCUCAAGCAAGUAUUUGCCAUUCCAAUUGUGCUAUUGGCAUUGAGUGAUGAAUCAUUAUUCCCUGCUGUAGUUCACUUGUUCGAUUGUGUUUUGAAUGCUGUUGGUGCCAGUCCACAAUUCCAAAAAUGUAUUUCCAUCGAAGAAUACUUUAAUAGUUAUUGUCGUGUUUCUGGUUCCCUUAUUGAUAACGUGAUUACAAAGGUUGAAGUUUCCAUUGGUGUUAGUUUCCGUACUCACUUUUCAUUUGCUUUGAGUUGUUUGUUGAUGAGAGGUCUCACCAAUGCACAAACAAAGUCCACCACUGCCAACAUUUGUGCCAAUCUCAUUACCUUAUCUGCCAGAUUGCAACACAAUCGUAUGUUAAUGUUGGGAGAAGAAGAAGAUGGUCUGAGCUCUAUUGACCAACCUCAAUUGCAAAGUUCCUCUCAAUCAGACCUCUCAACUGCAAGCUCACCUGUUUCUAUGGAAGGAUCCUCACUUCCAUCCACACCAAAGAUUAUCAGUGAAUCCAGCAUCAAAUUCUAUUAUUCAAUUCUUGGUUUCAUUGCUCUCUUGAUUCCAUCAGACUUUGAAAAACUUUGCCAAAUUUUGGGUGGAAAGGUAUUCUUCAAUGACAAGACCUUCUCUUCAUCUUCAUUCACUCCACUUCUCUUCACUAGAUUCUUAAUCACAGCUGUACAACAUGUUGAUAUGGAUACAGAACGUAUUGCCAUUUACUCUGCUCUUCAAGAAGCUUUCCACAAAUUGCCAUCUGUUUUCAUUUCAGUUUAUCCAGACAUUUUACCACACAUGAUCAAUGUUUACAAUAAGGCCAAUAUUACUCGUAUUGCCGAGGUUUCUCUUACAUUGAUUGAUACCAUAAUGCAACAAACUGAGGAAAAGAGCUUUAAACCAAAGACUCCUGUUAAUUAUGAUGAUACCUUAUCCAAGUCAGGAUUUGGUGGUUUGGGUAAAUUAGGUUCUUUCAAGAUUGCCACUGAUAAGAUUAAACAUGAUGUUGGCUUGUUGCUUGUGGAUUACUUGAAGGAAAUUUCAAAGAAAUAAAUUAACUUUAAACUACUAG